AUGGUCAGGAAGGGAUUGCCCUUGAAGACAACAAUUGCAGCCACACCAACAGGGGGCACCAUACGUUUGCCCAAGCCUAAGAUUCCCGAUGUUGAUGCUUCCGAAUACAGUUUUGCCAAGUUUGCUGCUACAUAUUUUCACUCUGGAGUUACGGGACAAUACAACAGAAGACCGUUGAAAAAAUCACUUCUUGAUCAUGAUCUGCCAUUGGAUGAAAUUGCGGCUCAGUCCAUUUGGAUAAUGAUACUCCGUUUUAUGGGUGACAUGGCCGAGGCCAAGUACAGCGCAGAUGAUGAAGAAGAUGUCUCGCAUGCGGAAGCUGUCAAAACAAGCGUCAUGCAACGUUUGACACAAACACUUACCCGCUCCCAGGUACAAAGCAGAGAAUUCCAAGAAGCAUUGGCUGCCAUGGGUGACCAGGAACAACAACGGCGUCUGAUACGCAAAACCUUGAAAAGAAAAACAAAUCUUCCUGAACUAUUGCGGAAGGCCAUGGACAACGCGAAUGAGGUAGACUAUUAUCACCAGGUAUUAGGUACAAGAAUGAGUAAUUUGGAAAAAUUACAUUUCAUUAUUGGUCAUGGAAUACUAAAGCCGAAUUUAAGGGAUGAAAUUUUGGCUCAAAUCUGCAAGCAAUUAACUAAGAACCCUUAUCGCACUUCAUUCGCCAAAGGCUGGAUUCUGCUAUCACUGUGCCUAGGCUGCUUUGCGCCUAGUUCAAGAUUUGAGAAUUUCUUAAGAUGCUUUUUACAGUAUGGACCAGAGUUGUAUGGUCCCUAUUGUGAGAAUCGUCUAAAUCGAACCCUAAAGAAUGGCAGCCGUACUCAGCCGCCCUCUUGGCUGGAACUGCAAUCUACACGCAACAAAUCCACUAUAACUUUGGAAAUUUGCCUGAUGGAUGGUGCGGUUAAAAAAUUACAAAUUGAUUCUGCCUCCACAGCGGGGGAAGCUGUCCAACAAUUGGCCGAAAACAUGGGUCUUCUAAACUUUUUUGGCUUUUCUUUGGUCAUAUCAAUUUAUGACAAAAUCAUGUCUUUGGGCAGUGGCGGAGAACACAUCAUGGAUGCCAUUUCCAAUUGUGAACAAUAUGCCAAGGAGAGGGGGCAAAAUGAACGCAAAGCUGUUUGGAAGCUUUAUUUACGCAAGGAAAUUUUCAGCGCCUGGUUUGAUCCUAGACAAGAUCAAUUGGCAGCUCGUUUAGUUUAUAAACAGAUAUGCAGAGGUCUGAACUAUGGAGAGUAUACUUGCCGCAACGAAACGGAUGUGGCCAUGAUAUGUGCUUUGCAGUAUUAUGCCGAAUAUGGCGAAGAUAUGAGAGAUGAGACUCUAUUCGAAUUUAUUCCCCAAAGUGUACCCAAUAAUCUACUUUCUACUGGCGAAAACACAAUCCAAUCCUGGGCAAAAUUGAUACGGGAAACUUAUCAGAAAAACGAUUAUGUAAAGCAGCGAGCUCCCAGACAAACAGCCAUCGAGGAUAUUUGCAUUUAUGCCCAUCUUACUUGGCCCAUGCUUUUCUCACGUUUUUAUGAAGCUGUGCGAACAAGUGGUCCCAAGCUACUAACAGAUCAAAUUGUGAUUGCUGUCAACUCAAAUGCCGUCUAUUUCGUUGAUGAAACCGAACAGAUAUUAGCCGAAUUGUCCUAUGUUGAAAUUACGAAGGUACUGAGACAAAGCGAAGAAAGUAAUCCCAUUGACACUUUACAAAUAGAGACUGUCCAAAAGGAAGAUUUCACUUUCAAGUGCUACGAAGCCAAAGAUGUGGAAGAGUUAAUCUCGUAUAUGAUAAGCAAUCUAAAGCAAAGGUCGCGCUACUGUAUAGCUCUAGACGAUGUUAAUGUUUCAGAAGUAUCGGCAGCAAGCAAUGGGUGUCUCAAACUGAAAAGGGGUGAUCUCAUUGAACUGAGCGAAGGAGUCACGGGUUCUCAAAUCAUGGAAAAUAGUGAAGAUUUCUUUACCGGAAGCUGCAAUAAUGCGGUUGGAGAAUUUUCUCCAAAAGCUGUUACAGUUUUGGCUUGUCUUACUAAACCUUCGGAGAAGAUUUUAAAAAUUUACCAAGACAUGGUGCAUAGUGUCCCCAAGAAACCAGAUCGUUCGAAAUACAACACUUUGCAGCGCAAGAAAAUGCACAACCUGAGUAAAUUCGCUCAGGAUCAUUUCCGCUCAAAUUUAAGUGCUCGAAGAGGUUCAUCUUCAGUAGGCUUGCAUUCUAUACGUUCGGAUGCGGAUGAGUUAUGGCGCCAUUCUCGUAAUUUGCUUAAGGCUCCGCUUCUCAAACAGUUGCAGCAAGACUAUGAAUUGUUCGAAUUGGCAGUCUCAAUGUUUCAGAAUAUCUUAAAAUAUAUGGGAGACAUACCGGGUGGCAAACAACAAUUCAAUACCGAUUUAAUUUUUAAACCUGCCCUGCAACAUGCUCUAUUACGUGAUGAACUUUACUGUCAGCUUAUGAAGCAGCUUACAGAUAAUUCUGGAAACUAUAGCGAAGAACGAGGCUGGGAUCUUAUGUACCUUGCUGCUGGUGUGACCUUCCCUUCAACAAUCGUACUGAAAGAACUGGUGGAGUUUUUGCGUACAAGAACUCAUGUCCUGGCUGCGGAAUCUCUAAAACGGGUAAAGCGUACUCUAAACAAUGGUCAAAGAAGGCAACCGCCUUAUGUAAUCGAAGUAGAGGGUAUACAACAUCGUUUUAUGCACAUCUACCACAAGAUUUAUUUCCCCGAUGGAACUGUGGAGGCCUUUGAAAUUGAGUCUUUUACUCGAGGACAGGAUCUCUCUCAAGCCAUUGCCUUGCGUUUGAAACUGAAAAGUCUGGAGGGUAUGAGUUUAUUUGUUAAAAUUGGCGAUAGAGUAUUUUCCAUACCGGAACACGAAUUCAUUUUCGACUUCAUAACCGACUUGAUGCAAUGGAUAAAGCAAAAUGUUCCAUCACGUUCGGCUGAUGUGCAUUUAAGCAGCCCCUAUCUUCUGUAUUUCAUGAGAAAACUAUGGCUUAGUUCUACAAUGGGCAAAGAUCGUAACGCCGAUAUAAUUUUCCACUAUCCCCAGGAAGUGCCUAAGUAUUUAGCUGGAUACUAUAAAAUCUCAAAAGAAUCGGCCUUAACACUGGCCGCUUUAAUUUACCGCGUUGAAUAUGGCGAAAAUCUGCUCCCACUUCAGAGACCACAUGAAUGCUUGGCACAACUUUUACCCGAAGAACAGAUACGAGCAAAAAAAUCUCAAGAAUGGAAAACUCAAAUUGCAACACAAGUCAAAGAUCUGGUGGUCAGUGGCAUUGAUGAGGCCAAAGCCCAACAAAAAUUGUUGACAAUACUGGCCGAACAGGAGAUGUUUGGUUCUACUUUCUUUGUGGUCACUCAAUCCAAUGAUGAUAGCCUGCCACAAACCAUACUUCUAGCCAUUAACCGCAAGGGAUUUCAUGUAAUAGAUCCAAUAACUAAGGACACUUUGCUAUCCUAUGGUUAUGGUGAUUUGAGUUUCUGGAGUUCCGGCAACACUUACUUCCACAUACGUUUCGGCAAUAUGAUUGGUGCCUCUAAGCUGCUAUGUUCCACAACACUGGGAUAUAAAAUUGAUGAUUUACUUUCCUCUUAUAUCAAAUAUUUUAAUGAAAAUCGUUAG